CAAGUUUAUUAUGGUACGAUUGAUUAUUUACCAUGCAGUUAGAUAUAUUUACUAUAAUUUUGUGCUAUAAUGUUAAAUUAAUAUUGGGCAUGCGAAUUGAUCUAUUCAGUUAUCGUUUCCUAAAUCGACGCUAAGCGUUAAAUAAAGAUGAGGUAAGUUCAUGAGCUUGUUCAAUCUAUGUAGGUAUGUCUAGCAUAAAGGAAGAUUGCUAAACAAAAUCGCUCUCGGACCACUAUGCCAAACAAAACAUUGAACCCCACCCACAUAUUUUUUGUUCCGCUCAUCAGCUGAUUGAUAGGAAUAUACAAAUGGAAAUAUCCGAGCAUUGCGCUUGUUCCGAUUGCCAUGGCCACCGUUGCCAUCAACAAACGGUUCUACAUCGGUUCGGAUUCAACUCCAUCGACCGUGUUUUAGUCGAGUGGUCGUCAUCUACCGGAUAGGCAUUCGCUAGGUCAGUGUCUCCGAGAUCUGUCCUCGGUUUACCCAAGUAGAAGUUCCGCACUCAAAAACCAAAAUCAUGACCAUUACUAACCUGUUUAUAAUUCUGAAUCUCGGGUGUGAGAUGCUGUACGUGAUUGAUCAGCGUCUGAAGGCUCAGGCAAUUCCACUGGAUAAAUCGGCACAAGUUUUGCGUGAAAUCACCGAGGUACUAUUGGAUCCUAAAUUUCUUCAUUACAUUUCAACUGCCUAUCAACACAACAUGUUAACGGUACAGCAAACACGGAUUCUCCUCACUGACAUUGCAUGCUGUUCAUUGAUGCGUCUCGAUGUUAAUUCUAUGGACAAGUUGUGGGAUUUGAUGAUUAUGAUCUUCAAAUGGCAAAUGAAUCUUACAAAUAAAAGUGCACAAAUCCUAAUGGAUCUCACAUUUCGUCAUCUAGAUGGAAUUGGUAGACUGAUUCCUGAAAUGCGCAAACAAAUAUUGAUUGAUAAUGUCAAAAAAUCGCUUAUCGAAAUGUGGGAACCCUUAUGUGAGGAUGAUCAAACAAUUGUUCAUCGUCGUGUUUACAAAUGGCUGAAACCUUACACUACUAAGAUAUCAAUAUUGAUCCGAAUGGGCCUACAAAAGUCAGAUGGUGAGUUUGAAACAUCUGUGCAGAAUAAUAUAUUCUAUAAUUAUUACAUUCAUAAUAUUGGCGAAAACAUAUACUCAAAAACAGCAAACCUUCAAGACUUGAAAAAUCAAAUCGAACAAACUGAAAGCGAAUGUAAAUCAGUAGAUUUAGCAGCAAAAAGUAAUGAAAUAGAAACACUCGUAGAACAACUAAAUGUAUGCCAUACUUGUGGGGAAAUAGAUGAAUCAGAAAACAGCACAGCAAAUGCUGAAUCAGUAGGACCUUUACAUGGAGGUUUGAACGAAAUAGUAAUUGAGCAUAACUCGGAUUCUGUUACUGAAAACGAAAAAAAUAAAGAUGGUAAUGAGUUACUAGGUUCAUCAAGUGAAGAAUCUAAUUUGACAAAAUUCAUGAAAAAAAUUAAGAUUGAAGACAGUGAUUUUGUAGUAAAACAAGUAGUUGAAACAAACCCACACGCGGAAUUGCUCAAAAUGUUCGAUCAGAAUAUUGAUUUGUAAGGUGCUGGGCACUUGGUACAUCACCACCGGCAAACCGACGGGCCUGUCUGAUUUCAAAAUUGGCAAAAAAUUUCAACGCCGUUUUACUCGCAUUGUAGUAACUCGUUCUGUCACUUUUGACAUAAUCGUUCAUUUCGCAAAAGAAGUCAUGAUAAGCGGGAAAGGAAAAAUGCGCGAGAAUCGACCAUCUGUUCGGUGUAAACAUCAUAUGCACGUUUUGAGUGAUCUACACAGCGAUGUAAAUAAAAAUAAACCUUAAUCGAAAAUCUCUUCAAAAUGCUAUAAUCGACAGUAAAAACCUCACUAUCACCGUAAAAAGUGUUUUUAACAAAACAUAUUAAUCAGAUGAACAAAUUAUAGCAUAAACAUAUUGAUACUAUUACUGAAAACGAAAACCCGAAUGUAAACGGUAAACUCGAACCCGAAUGUAUAGUUAAUUAUGAUUUGAAAGCUGAUGAAAUUAAUUGAAGAGUGCAUGCUCGAGUUUGCCUGCGCACUUUAACACCUGUUGUGUAAACUAAUUAUAGACACUAUAGGUUCCAUAGACGACCGGAGGCGAAGGCGUGGGUAGCCAAAACGAACUGUCAGUUACUAUAGCCAAACGAGAAUGACGUCACGAUUGCAAUCCAAGCAACGGAGCGUGUGACGUCAAAUUCACGUGGUACACUGUGAAAAAGUGGAAAACACACUUAAUCGAAAUGACCCAACCGUUCUCGCGCUCGUCUAUGGAACCUAUAGUGUCUAUAGUGUAAACCAUCGCACAGAUCGAGCUUAAAAAAUUGCCACGAUUUUUUAAGAAUUGUAUAUGAGGAGGCACGUCGGUUUGUCGGUUACGUUACAUUACCGUGAUACUUUAUUCUAGUUGCAUAUAUGUGCAAUAUAUUUUCAAUUGAAUGGAUUCAAGAGUGUUUUAGUGAAGUACAAUGUAUCAUUCGAAAUAUUAACUAAAAAAAAGAUAAAUGUGUGUAUUUGUAUAAUCUUUUUUUUUCUAUUUUUAUUUUUAUAAAUACUAAAUUUU